AUGCGGUGCCCCAAGACGGUUUUGCUGCUGCUGCCACUGGCGCUGGCGGAUCCUUCGCCCCUGCCGGGGCACUCCAUGUCCAGCCCGCCGGAGAUCAACCACCUGGCCAAGACUUGGCUCCUUACGGGCACUACCAUGCCCAGUCACAAUAGUUUGAUCCUCACCCCCGGGGUCGCGGACCGCGUGGGCACCGCCUUCAGCCGGACGCCCCUGAGGACGAACGACUUCGAGGUGGAGUUUACCAUCUCCGCAAAGCCGGGCACCGCCGUCUUCGAGAACGACGGAGUGGCUUUUUGGUACAGCGAGGAGAACUCCACAGAGAUUCUGGUCGCAGCCAGCGCCAAGCACAGCCACAACCAAGAUGAGCUGAUCGCUGGCACUUGGUACGACCACUACGUGCAGCAGGGCUUGGGGCUUUAUGGCUUCAAGAGUGCCUUCAAGGGCUUAGGCGUGUUCUUCUCUCGGAACGCGGGCGCGGCAACUGUGGGGCUGAAGUUCGGAGACGGGUCCGGAGCUUCCGAAGGCCCAGAGCAGCAGCUCGAGAUCCGGGACGGGAAAGAUCACUCGGUGAAGCUCCGGGUGCAGCCGGAGGCUGCCACCCUGCAAGUGGACGCGGUGACGCUGACCUUGGCGAAGCCCGCGAAGGCCGGGGGCUUUAUGGGCUUCAGCUGCUACGGGGGCUCCAAGGCGAGCUACAACCCCAAGGAGCGGAGCGCCUUCGUGGAGAUCAAAGGUGUCAAGGUCAUGAACUACGCGUCGGGGCCCGGCGAGGACACGUUGCCCUCAGCUGCUGAGCCGGAAGCGUCCAAGGAAAAGGAGGACGUCCUCGGAGCGCACUCGAGCUUCAAGGACCACAGGGAAGAAUCCGAGGCCAUCAAAGAGUUGACCAAUAUGGUCUUCAAACUGGUCAUCGAGUCCAAGCCGCAGCGGGAGCAGAUGAAGGCGGCCAUCUCGGCCUUGAGCAAACGAGUCUCCGUCGUGGAAGAGAGCUUCACGACCCUGAAGAAGGAGAUCGACAUGAAGACGGGCCACAACUUGGGAGAGGAGUUUGAGUCCAUCAAGAAGGAGCUGGCGGACAUGCACGCGGCGGCGCACCGGGACACCGACGCGCGGGGGAAGAAGCUCGCGGACUUGCACUCGGACAUCGAGCACGUUCAGAAGACAGCAGCCACUGGGGGCGACAUCAGCGGAGACUUGGAUUCCCUGAGCCGCUCCAACGAGCAAGUCCUGGACGAGCUCACCAGCCAGCACAAGAGGAUGUUCGGCGUCUCCAUUUUCGCCAUUGCCUUCAUCAUCAUCGCCGGCUUGUCACUCUACAACAAGUUCCGGUGUUGGGAGAAGAAGCACGUCCUCUGA